AUGGAAGUAUAUCUACCAGAGAAGGGUUUCUCUUGUCAAGAAGUGCUGGACUUAAUUGCUGUUGCUGGUCUCAUGAAGACUGUAUCUGGAUUUGGUCGUUGUUUUGACAAGCUCGUGAAGAAGUUUGUGGUGAAUAUCACCCUUGACUGCAAUAUGGCUGGAAGUGCAGAGUACAGGAAGAUGUAUGCUAGAGGUAAACCUGUUAAUUUUUCUCCUAUUUCGAUUAAUUCUUUUAUGGGUGUUGAUGUUGGAGACAUUUCAUUGAAUGUGAUCACCAAGGAGAUCACUGCCGGGCAUGUAAAAUCUUGGCCCAAGAAGGGUAUAAUGUCUACUGGCGCCUUGAGUGUCAAGUAUGCUUUGCUGAACCGCAUAGGAGCUGCAAAUUGGUUUCUAACCAAUCAUUCUUCCCACAUUUCUACUGGUCUUGCCCAGUUGAUUUACUUGAUUGGCACUAAGACUCCAUUUUAUUUUGGAGCAUUUGUUUUUGAGCAAACAAUGAAGCAUGCAGAUACUUUGCCUAUGAAGUUGCCCAUUGAUUUUCCUUCUCUGAUCUCUGAGAUCAUCCUCAGCCAGCACCCAGAGAUUGUGGCCUCAGAUGAGCAUCCUUUGCAGAAAGCCAUUCCUCUUACUUUUGAUCCUGGGCUGUAUGUUGGACCACAUGUCCAGGACAUUAUUGUUGAAACUGAUCAAGUUGGAGCUGAGAAUUUCAGUGUGUCAAUAUCCUUUGCUGAUCCUGGUGAUGUUCUUUCUGAACUUAUGGAAGUGUCCAAGACUCUUCAGGACACUAUUGUGAGUUGUACUCAGAGGAAGAAGAAGGUUGAUCUGCUGAUCAAGAGGUUGACUAUGGGUAAGGCUCCUGCGGCUGAAGAUAGAAAUCAGGCCGGUGUUGUUCAGGAUGUUGGGGCAUCUAGUUCUGAUUCUAGUUAG